UGUUUCCCUGGGUUACCAUCAACAACUUCGCUAGCCCACAGUAUCUUCAGUAUGCUAGCGUGGCUUUAGGGUCUCUUGUAUCAUUAUACAUCGGCAUAAAAAUAUGUAUAGAAUAGGUGAUUAAGCUUGAAGAUCAGCACGGGAGGUUAAUAACGUGUUUAGAGGCUAAUUAGCUCGAGCGAAUGAACCCCAGCUAGCAUUUUAGGGAGCUGUUCACAGCUUUAGGAUGACCGAGCAGGAGUACGGGACUCUUGCUUAUUCAAAAAGUCCGAAAACAUCUAAAAGAACAACAUUUCAGGAUGAACUCCAGGCUGCUGUCUCUGCCAGGGCGACCAAAGCCAAGACAGAUCAGUACACCUACUCUGACGACUUCGAAGAAGAUGAAGAUGAUUUUUUAAACAGACUCCUUAAAUUAAGAAAAAAGAAGACAGGUUCUCUCAAAGCUGGGAAGAAUAAAGCCAAAAUCAUUAACAACUUUGACCUCUCAGAUGAUGAAGACAAACACAGGAGGACAAAGAAAGUUUCAUUCCUGAAAACAAAAAGAAUCAGCUCUCCCUCCAACGGCACCACUGCGUCAGAGUCACAAGAAAAAAACGAGCCCCUAGCCUCACACACGGCUGCACGUGAUAGUUCUAAUGGGUCAGCAUCUUCACAACGCUCCACAGAUGACGCACAGUUUAAAAAUGCUCGUGUGGAUUCAGCUGAUCCUCAGAUCACAAGAGAAAGCUCAAGUAAAUCUCUGUCAUACCAAACAUCAGACGAUACUCUCCUGGACAUGCCUUUACCGUUACCGUCUGACAGCAGCGUGGUGGAAACUCCAGGGCCAGAGCAAAAGAGCGGCUCUGCUGCUGAAGAAAGCUCACAGACUUCACAGUUAUCAACAUGUGACCUGAACCACACAGCUUCAGCAGAUAGUGUUUCAGAGAGGGAGCCACCAAGACCUAAACCCCGGCAAAGGACCCUAAGAUUGAGCUUUCACACUUCAGAGAAGCCAGCUGAAGACUUUCAGGAUCUCAGCAGGCCUCAGACUUCUUCUGUAUCAAUUCCUCUCUCAACUGAUACAUCUGGCACCAUAGCUUGGACAGAAGGAGACCACACAGUUUCACCCUCUUCAAAUAAGAGUGCACGGUCUGCACUCCUCACAAAGUCCACUGUUGAUUCUGGAUCGAAAGAUGGCUUUAUUUCUGAUGACAGCAAAGAGCAGGAGAGGAACUACUCCACAUCAUUUGAAGAAUUUACUGGAUGCUCAGGAGAUCCCUCAGCUCAUCUUUCUCAUGUCUCUGAGGAAUCUGUUGAAGCAAGGACUUUGAGUUCUCACUCUAAGACCACUCCAAGAUCUCAGAGUGCAUGCUCCAGGAAAGUGGAGUCCAAGUAUUUGGGGUCUCUCAAAGUUCUGGACCGUAAAGUCUCUUUACAAGAGUCUCAGCCACAAGAAGCAGAUUCCCUCCGAGCUGCCAUUUAUCAGGAAUGGCUCAAAAAGAAGAAGGAAUUGAAAGAAAAAAAGGAAAAGGAAGAGGAGGCUAAAAAAGAAGAUGCUGUUGCGUUCUAUGAGGCUUGGAAGAAAAAGAAGGCAGAAAGCCUCAAAUCUAAGGCCAAAGAGAAGGAAGCUGUGAUUAGAAAAGAACAAAAAGCAGCUGAGGAGAAAGAAGAAAAAAGGCAGACUGCUCAACAGGUGUUUGAGAAAUGGAAACGUGAGCAUGAUCAUCUGCUAAAAGAGAAUUACAGAAAACAAAAGGAGGCUGAAAAUAAAUUGAAGCUUAAAAACAAAGAACAGGAGGAGGUGAGAAAAAGGGACAGCAGGUCUGCCUUUUCUAACUGGUGUGAAAAGAAGAAAGAAGUUAUCGAUGACAAAUUCACGUCAGAGCGCAAAGAAAUCAAAAAUAAAGCGGAGGAGGAGAAAUACAUGAAGGAAGAAAGAGAUAAAAUGGCUUUAGAGGUGUAUGAAAACUGGCUGGCAAGAAAAGAUCUAGAGCAGAAGAGACGCAGAGAAGAGAGACGGAUACAAGAGAUACUCGGAGACAGCCCACCUCCACCAUGGAGCCCCCCAAAUAAAACCAUACCGUUUCGAAGAUGACGAAUAAAAUGUAACAUAACACCCGUG